CUUCAAAUUCUUUUGACAUUUGACUCAUUUUGCAAAAAUAGAAUCGAAAUUUUGUAUAAACAAUGUGUGUCAUAAUACAAUAAGACUCGAAAUUUAUAAAUAAUUAUGGCAGUAGCACAAUUAUAAUAUAAUUGUGAUGUAAUAAUGUUUUGUGGACCCAAAUUACUAGGCGCUGCAAACAAAGUAAAGACCUGUUAUAUAAAUUCACUGCUUGUUAGGCACAAAGUACAAAUAGCGAUGCUGGACGAUGAGAAGUUUAGAGAUUUAGAUAUUCCUAUACAACAGGAAGCUAACUUAUUGUCCUGGUUACAUACUGUGGCUCCUGCCUUUCCAGUGCAAAGCUCCAAGAUUAGCAUAGUUUAUGAGCCACAAGAGUUUUACAAAACUCUGCUGGAGAAAUGCAAACAUGCCAAGAGAAGAAUAACACUUGCCUCACUGUAUUUAGGUACUGGUGUUUUAGAAACCGAGCUAGUAAACACAAUAGAGAAAACGAUGAAUACAAGUAAUGGCAAUGUGCAAGUGCGGAUACUGCUCGACUAUAUGAGAGGUUCUCGAGGUAAGCAGAACUCUCGGAAGAUGCUGGAGCCCUUGCUGAAAGGCAAAUAUGGAGAUCGCUGUAAGAUCUUUUUUUAUCACACGCCGAAACUGCGAGGCGUCAUGAAGACAGUGAUCCCUGAUCGCUUUAAUGAGCUAAUUGGCUUGCAACAUAUGAAACUCUACAUGAUCGAUGACGAUUUAAUCAUUAGCGGGGCAAAUCUUAGCAACGAUUACUUCAAGAAUCGGCAGGAUCGAUAUUUCGUCAUUGAAGAUUGCGAGGAACUUUGCGACUUCUAUAACGAAUUGGUCGAAAAAGUGACGGAAUUUAGUUUCUUGUUGCAACCGGACGGCAACACAAGUUUGAAUCCUGCUGCAAACUGUCAUCCUUACAAAGGAUCCAGGAAAAUCUUCACCCAGGAAGCCGCGUAUAGAAUACAAACGCUUUUCCAGAAUGAAAUAGAAAAGCGUAUGGAUUUGGACAAAGCAGAUGCAGACACAUGGAUAUUUCCACUUGUGCAGAUGAGUCAGCUGAAUAUCUGUCAUGACAGCGAAGUGACAUUGAAACUCUUGCAAAUGGCUCCAGCGGGAGCCACGCUUAAGCUGGCAACUGGUUAUUUUAAUCUAACGUCCGACUACAGUCAAGCCGUACUUAGAGAUUGUCAGGCAACGUGUCAUCUUUUGACAGCACAUCCUACUGCCAAUGGUUUCUUUAAUGCCAAAGGAAUUGCUGGAGGAAUUCCAGCGGCAUAUACUAGAAUAGAAGAAUCAUUUUAUAACUUAUGCGAGAAGAUGGAUCAGCAAAAAAGGGUAACAUUGUGGGAGUUUAUCAAACCGGGAUGGACUUAUCACGCCAAAGGUCUUUGGUAUACUUUGCCUGAUCAACAAAAACCCUCGUUGACUCUCAUAGGCUCGCCUAAUUUUGGUUAUAGAUCGGUGAACAAAGACCUUGAAACGCAAAUAGCUCUUGUGACAAAGAACAAGAAACUGCAAGACGCGUUGCACGAGGAGCAGGCACGAUUGUUCUCCUGCGCGAAGCCCGUCACGCGGAAGACCUUUUCGCAGCAGGACAGAGUGCCGCCGGCUUGGGUGUGCGCAAUUGUACUCUUUUUCCGUUAUUAUUUCUGAAGUCGGUAUAUCUUAGAGGCAAAUUCCAUAUUCUAAAAUUAUUUAAUUUUAAGAUUAAUUUAACAUGUUCCGUAAUAAAUAAGAUUCCACUCUCGGUAAUA